AUGCCCAAUUUUGACUGUCCUUCAAAUGGUCCGGUCGCAUUGGGACAGAUCAUCACUUCGCCAUUUGACCCCGAAAGCGCAAUCAACAUGGUAUCAAGAUUGCCACCAACUGAGAUAUUCCAUUCCUCCAAAACUGCCUUCCAGACCUUGAUCGAGGAAGAGUCAAACAGGAACUUCGGAGUAUGGUCGCGUUUCUUAGCCCUCCCCAUUCUUGGAGGCGAAGCUGGCUUCCAACACUCUCGAUCCAACAGCUCCUACCUGUACAUCUCGCGAUUGGAUACAGAUUACUUCAAUCCUACGAUUGAGUAUAUCGAAAAAAGCCUUCGUCACCCGCAGACGCUGAAAGCUCUGUCGCAACAGAACUUCGAGAAAAAUCUCUACAUGAUCACGGGUAUCAAAAUUGCAAUUGGGGCAAAUAUGCAGUCUUUAUCAUCCAAGAAGCAAGGGAUGAAGCUGGAUAUAGGGGUUGAUUUGACGACCUUAGGAGUACCGCUACAAACCGGGCCCAAAUUAGAGCCCUCUUCCGCAAAAAGUGAAGGUACUGCAUUCUCGAACUCGACUGAUUUCGUGUUUGCAUAUCGCCUGAGGGAAAUAUACUACAGUCAAAAACGUGGAGUUAUCAAGACAGCGAACUAUACAAAAGGCGCAGCGUAUGGACUGGAGAAUGAUCUAUCUACAAUCAAAGAUGGCGAACAUAGCGCGGAAUUCGAAGAAGAUGUUGAAAUUGAUGGGAUUGCUGACAGAGAUUUAGGUAAUAAUGACCUACGAGCAUUUGGACGGCCUUUGACAGCAGUAGAUGAAGAAGAUGGGGAUGAGUGCGAGUGUUACAGUCUACCGGCUGUGAGCCGGAAGUAA